AUGCUGCGCGCUAUUUGUUUGCGGUUUCCUCAGCCUUUGCUGUUCUUCAAAUUAAACCCUCUUUUGUCCACCUUUGUCCCUCGAUCCCUUUAUGGCACUUCUAAUAAAGGAUAUAAUCUUUUAAAAUUUUUUGAAUUACCAAAGUUCUCUGGAGAGAUCUCAGUCCAUGCAGGGCGUCCCUGGCGCAAAGAUGAACUUCGGCUCAAAUCCAGUCAGGAGCUCCACAAACUCUGGUAUAUUCUCCUUCGUGAGCUUAAUAUGUUAAUGACAAUGGACACUGAACAUGAAAGGCGAGUUGAAAGGAUGCCAAGUGGCGAGCGUCUUGAAAAAGUUGAAGAGAGCAUGGAGAAUUUGUUGGAUGUCGUAGGAGAACGAAACAAGUCUAUCCAUGAACUUGAGCAUGGAUCCUGGGAGGGUCCUAGAAUAUUUCAUAGAAUUGACGCUUUAGGUCGCGAAUCAACUAGCUUAUCAGAGGAACAUUCAUAUUUGGAGUCUGUAUCAUCUAAAGACUAUUCCUUAUGCAAUGAUAAAAUGUUUGGCGACUGGACUCUAGAUUUCAUCAAGUUGGAGCAUGCAAAUAAUGUAUUGAAGAAACGAAGUAAAUUCAGAACCCAUAAAUUUUUACGCCGCUUGCAAAAGUUUCAACGUACCAAUUAUAUUGCUCACGGAUUAUGGCAUCAUCGAAGAUCUAUCCCAUAA